AUGGAAGCCCCGCGCGGGCCCGCUCUGCACCGCCUGCUGCCACCGCUGCUGCCGCUGCUGCCGCUGCUGCUGCUGCUGCCGCUGCCCCCCCACGCCGGGGCCAAGUACGUGCGGGGCAACCUCAGCUCCAAAGAGGACUGGGUGUUCUUGACAAGAUUUUGCUUCCUCUCGGAUUACGGACGACUGGACUUCCGUUUCCGAUACCCUGAGGCCAAAUGCUGUCAGAACAUCCUCCUCUACUUUGAUGACCCAUCCCAGUGGCCAGCUGUGUACAAGGCAGCGGACAAGGACUGCCUGGCUAAGGAGUCAGUGAUCAGACCUGAGAACAACCAGGUCAUCAACCUCACUACCCAGUAUGCCUGGUCAGGCUGUCAGGUGGUGACAGAGGAGGGAACCCGCUACUUGAGCUGCUCCAGUGGCCGAAGCUUCCGCUCAGUGCGUGAAAGGUGGUGGUAUAUCGCGCUCAGCAAGUGUGGGGGAGAUGGGCUGCAGCUGGAAUAUGAGAUGGUCCUCACCAAUGGCAAGUCCUUCUGGACGCAGCACUUCUCUGCGGAUGAGUUUGGGAUCCUGGAGACAGAUGUGACUUUCCUCCUCAUCUUCAUCCUCAUCUUCAUCCUCUCCUGCUACUUUGCAUAUUUGCUGAAAGCUCGUCAGUUGCUCCACACGACUUAUAAAAUGUUUAUGGCUGCAGCUGGAGUGGAGGUUCUGAGUCUCCUGUUUUUCUGCAUCUACUGGGGCCAGUAUGCCACUGAUGGCAUUGGCAACGAGAGUCUGAAGAUCUUGGCCAAGCUGCUCUUCUCCUCCAGCUUCCUCAUCUUCCUGCUGAUGCUCAUCCUUCUGGGGAAGGGAUUCACAGUGACACGGGGCCGAAUCAGCCACUCAGGCUCUGUGAAGUUGUCUGUCUACAUGACCCUGUAUACUCUUACCCACGUGGUGCUGCUCAUCUAUGAGGCUAAGUUCUUUGACCCGGGCCAGGUACUGUACACGUAUGAGUCGCCGGCAGGCUACGGGCUCAUCGGGCUGCAGGUGGUGGCUUACGUGUGGUUCUGCUACGCCGUGCUUGUCUCUUUGCGCCAUUUCCCGGAGAAGCAGCCCUUUUAUGUGCCCUUCUUUGCUGCCUACACCCUCUGGUUCUUUGCAGUUCCUGUCAUGGCCCUGAUCGCCAACUUUGGAAUCCCCAAGUGGGCUCGGGAGAAGAUUGUCAAUGGCAUCCAGCUGGGAAUCCAUUUGUACGCUCAUGGCGUGUUCCUGAUCAUGACGCGCCCCUCGGCGGCCAACAAGAACUUCCCCUACCACGUGCGCACGUCGCAGAUCGCCUCGGCCGGCACCCCGGGGCCCGGCGAGUCGGCAGACAAGGCCUUCCCGCAGCACGUCUACGGGAACGUGACGUUCAUCAGCGACUCGGUGCCCAACUUCACGGAGCUCUUCUCCAUCCCCCCGCCCGCCUCCUCCCCCCUGCCCCGAGCGGCGCCGGAUUCCGGGCUCCCGCUGUUCCGUGACCUCCGGCCCCCGGGCCCCCUCCGAGACCUUUGA